CACGUGGACUUCUGUACGUCCUGACACGCCCAUAAAAUUGAUGUAAAAAACAAUGAACAUCUCAACUUAGACGUAUUUCAACAAUAAACAUUAACACUACUUCUUCCACAAAGUCAAAUCUGCAUAUAUAGAAAACGAGGAGCUGAAGAGAAAUCUAAAGUGAUGAGUGGUAAGGAAGGCGACCUGAGGAUGGUCCUCCUGGAGAAGGCCGGGGAAAUACGAAGCCUCAAACAAGAUGUAGACAGGCUACGAAAGCUGACAAAGGAACUAGAAAAAGGCGAUAAAGAAAAGAGAGAAGAGAUUAUUGUCCUCAAGAAAGAGUUAGAGCGACGAGACAAAGAGAUCAAGAACCUGACUCAGAACAUCACAGAGCUCAAAGAUGUCCUCCAACAAUCAGUGAAACCAGGACCCAGCAAGACUAGACCUGAACACAGAAUGGGUAUCUCUGCCGAGCCGCUGGGUGCCAAAGGAACACAGAAGUUGGAGAAGCAUACAAAAGACGUGCAAACGAGGACGAUGAUCGAGAGAGCUAUUCAAUCGAACGACUUUCUUCGAAAGUUGGACAAGCUUCAAAUUCACGAGAUCAUUGACUGCAUGUUCUCACAAGAGUUCAAGGAGGGACAGUUUGUGUGUAGAGAAGGAGCCGUUGGCACGGAGAUGUACGUUAUCGCUAGCGGCAAAGUAGAGGUUACAAAGAACGGCAAUCUCAUGGGCCCGGGUAUGUUGUUCGGAGAACUGGCCAUACUGUACAACUGCACACGAACUGCAACUGUGAAGGCUGACACGACCACUAAGGUGUGGACGAUGGAUCGCAACUCUUUCCAGACGAUCAUGCGGAACACUGGGAUGGUCCGACAAAACGAGUACCUCGCCUUCCUCAGGAGUAUCCCUCACUUUGCCAACCUCAAUGAGAAGGAGCUCUCUGGCCUAGCACACAUCCUGCAAGAGGAUUAUUACCCGGCUAACGAGUACAUCCUCAGACAAGGUGCCACUGGAGACACAUUCUUCAUAAUCAAUGGGGGCAAAGUAAAGAUCACCACACGAACUGGUCCUAACUCCCCAGAGGUCACUAUCAGAGAACUGGCAAAGGGCGACUAUUUUGGAGAGAAGGCGUUGCUAGGAGACUUCAUUCGUACGGCCAAUGUUGUCGCGGUAACGGACGUAUCGUGUCUCGUCGUCGACAAAGAGAACUUCUCGUCCCUCAUUGGAGACAUGGUUAAGAUCCAGUAUCCUGAUGACAAUGGACCAAACAAAAAGUCUGUACCUGAGGAGGAGAUUAUUGAGAAGGAGUUUGCCAAUCUAACCAUCAAAGACUUCACUUGCGUUGAAACUCUCGGCAUGGGUGGUUUCGGACGAGUCGAACUGGUUCAGAUCCGCAACGACCCCGCUAAGACCUACGCUCUCAAGUGUCUUCGGAAGAAACAUAUCGUGGACACCCGUCAACAAGAGCAUAUCUUCUCAGAGAAGCAGAUCAUGAUGAAGGGCCGAUGUCCGUUCGUGGCACGGUUGUAUCAGACGUUCCGUUGUCCCAAGUACUUGUACAUGUUGUUGGAGGUGUGUCUGGGUGGGGAGCUGUGGACCAUCCUCCGUGACAGGUCGAGUUUUGAUGACAACACGACGCGUUUCUGUACAGCGUGUGUGGUAGAGGCCUUCCAAUAUCUGCACCAGAGGGACAUUGUGUAUCGAGAUCUCAAGCCUGAGAAUCUCCUGUUGGACAGUGCAGGCUACGUCAAGCUGGUUGAUUUUGGAUUUGCCAAACACAUUGGAGCAGGACGCAAGACCUGGACAUUCUGUGGUACACCAGAGUACGUUGCCCCGGAGAUCAUACUCAACAGAGGUCAUGACCUCUCGGCUGAUUACUGGUCCCUGGGUAUACUCAUGUUUGAGCUUCUCACUGGAAGCCCUCCUUUCUCUGGCCCUGACCCGAUGCGUACCUACAACAUUAUCCUCCGUGGUAUCGACGCUAUUGAGUUCCCUAAGAAGAUUGGCAGAUCUGCACAAAACCUCAUCAAGAAACUAUGCCGGGACAACCCUGCCGAGCGACUGGGCUACCUCAGGGGAGGACUCAAGGACAUUAAAACCCACCGCUGGUUUGAAGGGUUUGACUGGGAGGGGCUAGUGAAGCGGACUAUGGUACCACCCAUCAUCCCUAAUGUCCGUCAUCCUGCUGACACGUCCAACUUUGACCACUUUCCCCCCAACCAAGAGGAGGUACCCCCGGACGACACCUCCGGCUGGGACAAAGAGUUCGGACCACUCCAAGAUACCCCUAAGUUCUGUUUCCCUGGUUACAAGUAAACUUAAAAACUUAGCUAUAUAAUUAUGAUUAUAACCCUUUCAUUCUACAAACAUCAUUCGUAUCGUAUAUAGCUUUUUUAUAUUUUCUGAGAUAUAUGUAAAUGCGGUACUAGCUAGUGCUCUUUUUCAUAAUUAUUACUUUUUGUUUUAUAAUUAGAUACCGGUACUAUA